GGUGCCAAACUGCGCGCUAACCCAGACACCACAAAGGGUGUUGAUUGAUACAGACAGCAGGACGGUGGUCAUGGAAGUCGAAAUCCGCUAAGGAGUGUGUAACAACUCACCUGCCGAAUCAAUCAGCCCCGAAAAUGGAUGGCGCUGAAGCGCGCGACCUAUGUUCGGCCGUCGCGGCGAUUCUGACGCCGCGACGAGUAGGAGGGCGUGGGGCCUGCUGUGAAGCCUGGAGCGUGAGCCUAGGUGAAGCGGGUCCCGGUGCAGAUCUUGGUGGUAGUAGCAAAU